AUGGAUUCUUACGACUCCAAGCACGACAACGACGUCUCCCACCACGAGAUGCGUCCGCGUCCCUCUCUCGGAGACGACGCCAGCAGCUCUACGCCGCCCACCACCAAGCCCGCCAACAAGCACGACGACGUUGCUGCCGCCGUCGUUGGCACUGGCGCUGCGGCCCCGGUCCGUCUCACCGAGGAGGACAGCCGCCGUAUCUGCCGCAAGACGGACCGCGUCAUCCUCACCAUCCUCGUCUGGAUCUACUUUCUCCAGAUCCUCGACAAGUCUGUCCUUGGCUACGGUGCCACCUACGGCCUGAAAGAGGACACUGGCCUCACCGGCAACCAGUACUCGCUCGUCGGCUCCAUGGCCGCCAUUGCCCAGCUCGCCUGGCAGCCCUUUUCUUCGUACCUCAUCGUAAAGGUCCCCCACCGCAUCCUCAUGCCCUCCCUGUGUCUGGGCUGGGGCAUCGCCCAGGCCUGCAUGGCUGCCAGCAGCAAUUUCAGCCAUCUCUUGGCUACCCGCUUCUUCCUCGGUCUCUUCGAGGCCGGCUGCUUGCCGCUCUUCAGCAUCAUUACCAGCCAGUGGUAUCGCCGCGCCGAGCAGCCCAUCCGCAUUGCCGCGUGGUACGGCACCAAUGGCCUCGCCACAAUCAUAGCCGCGGCCUUGUCGUAUGGACUGGGACAUAUCAAAUCAGACCUUCUCAAAGAGUGGCAAAUCAUCUUUUUAUUCGUCGGCUUGAUUACCGUCGUUUCCGCUCCCUUUGUCUAUUGGAAACUCGACAACGACAUUCCCUCUGCCCGCUUCCUCACAGACGACGAAAAAGUCCAAGCCAUUGAAAGACUCCGCGCGAACCAGACGGGCACGGGCAACCGUGAGUUCAAGUUGAAGCACCUUGUCGAGGCCAUGUUGGAGCCCAAGUCGUGGGUGUGGAUGAUCAUGGCCAUGCUUCUCAACAUUGGCGCCAGCGUUGCCAACACCUUUGGGCCCCUCAUCAUCAGCGGUCUUCAUUUUGAUAAGUACACGUCCAGCCUACUCAACAUGCCCUUUGGCGCCCUGCAGCUCAUAGUCAUCCUCCUCGCGAGCUACCUCGCGCAAAAGGCCAAGCUCAAGGGCGCCAUCCUCGUGCUUUUUGUGCUGCCCGUCGUCGCCGGCCUCGCCGUGCUCUACUCUGUCAAGCGCGACGACUCGGCCCGCGCGGCCCUCCUCGUCGGCUACUACCUUCUCGCCUUCCUCUUUGGCGGCAACCCCCUCAUCGUCACCUGGAUCGUCGGCAACACGGCCGGCACCACCAAGAAGUCGGUCGUCAUGAGCCUGUACAACGCCGCCAGCUCUGCCGGCAACAUUGUCGGCCCCAUCCUCUUCAACAGCGCCGACGCGCCCGAGUACAAGCCCGGCCUGCGCGCCUGCCUUGGCAUCUUUAUCGCCCUCAUCGCAGUCAUCCUUAUCCAGUGGGCCAACCUCGUCAUGCUCAACAAGCUGCAGGAGAAGAAGCGCGUGCGUAACGGGAAAGAGGCCAAGGUUGUUGACCAUUCCAUGCAGCAGCACUAUCAUGAUAUUCAAACCGACAACGACGCCGCAGGCGGUGAAGAGGGGGUUUCGGAGCAGCAUCUUGGGCAGAAUGCUUUCAAGGAUCUCACCGACAAAGAGAAUGACGAAUUUGUGUAUAUUUAUUAG